CUUCGUGUGCCAAGGAGGAUAACAUUGAUAUGGCUGGAGUUAAGGACCUUGCUGAUGCAGCUCUUAGUCACACAUUUUUAGAUUGGACUGGAAAAGCGGUUACAGAAGCAUCGGGGAGUGAAGAAAGGAACAAGGCUGCAAGGAGUUCAACGACUUGCUGGGCAAUAGCAAUUGCCUCGUCGAUAGAAGCCGUCAAUAAUAUACACAGGCCUAUUGAUGAGGGGACUCUGUGGAUGGCUUCCGCUCAGGAAUUGAUCGAUCACGCCCCAAAAGGAGAGGUUGAUAGAAUUGCUAAAAGAGGCUUGACAAGGACAAAUGAGGCUUACGUUUACGUGAAAGAAAACGGACUAUCUCAGGAGAAGAACUACCCGUUCAAAGUCGAGGGAAAACGAAAAAGGGGCAUCGACUGUCGAGAGAAGUCCGAGCUGUUAUGGAUUGUUGGUUUUCAAGAAUUUGAGAAGGUUAACGAAGUAGAGCUUCUGAAACAACUCUUUCAACAACCAAUAGUUGCUGUUUUAGAGGGCACUAAGCUAUUAAAAGAUUGGGACGGGGUAAGUGAUCUGCUGAUUUUGAACUUUCUUGAUAAUUUGUUUAUUUUGAAGCUUUCAUGUGUUUGUUUCUUCAUGUGUUUGUAUUGAUAGCUUGGAAUCUAUACCGGGGAGGGAUAUGAAGAAAGAGAGAACGAUGAAAAUAUACUGAAGUUUCUUACCGCUCGCAAGGAGAAAGAGACAAAGAAAGAUGAGGGCAAAGAAGCAAAGAAAGGGUGGAAAGGAGCAGGAAAGCAACCUAAGGAGGAUGUCAAAGGAAGCAACACAGGGGAGUCAGUCAUAAUGAAGGAUCUCAAUCCCAUCAUAGAUGACCAAGUGGUACGGAAAAGACGCAAUGUAGGGAAAGGGAAAGAGAAGGUAGAUGAUAAGCAGGCUAUUAACCACGUUGUUCUUAUUGUUGGGUAUGGGACUUCAAAGGAUGGUAGGCACUACUUCUUGAUUAGAAACUCAUAUGGAGAUCGUUGGGGAAUCGAGGGGAUAGGAAAAGUGCAGAGAGCUUCUUCCCGUUCUGGUGGCGGAGGCUCGUGUUUUAUAGCUUAUUCGUAUCCAAAACCUAAGGUGGCGAUAGCAGAGGCAGAGGCAGCAGCAGCGGCAGAGGCAGAGGCAGCGGCAGAGGCAGAGGCAGAGGCAGCGGCAGCGGCAGAGGCAGCGGCAGCGGCAGCGGCAGCAGCAGAGGCAACAGAGUAAAGAAAUUGUGAAAAGUCUUGAACUUGUUUAUGUUAUAUUUCUGUUUUCCAGAUACUAUGAGGGUGAUUUGUGAAGAGAUAGCUUUUAUGCCUAAGCUGUCAGAGACACAGAAUUGUGCUCUAAUUUUGUUCUAAUUCAACACCUUGCUUUGCUUAAAGCCAGCUUCAUAGGAGAGUGAUUUAUAUUAGGCUCUGGGCAUGAUUCAUAUUUGACUGAAAUAGAAGCAGCAGGCACAAAACCACGACGUUUGCUGUUCCAGCUAGCAUUGUCAAUCAACAUAUAGUUC